UGCCCAUCAUUUGGAUAUAGGAUAUUGAAUUCGCCGUAGUGAAAUCCACCUUUGAAAUGCAGCAUUUUACUUAAACAAUCACAACCUUAACACAGCCGAACAUGUAAAGGCUUUGCUGAUCAUUUAUACGUUUAAUAAAAUCGCACAUUUCUGCAAAGUGCGACGCGGAAAGUGGCAAAGAAUGACGGGUUGGAGCACCGGCCGAGUUCCUUGGAUAUGUCAUGUCGUGGUGGCCAUCUUUCUGCUGAUGUUGACUGUAGAUGUCGUGAGGCCAACUUCUGAAUAUGACCCCUAUAAAAUACUGGAUGUUAGCAGGAGCGCCGGGCAAGCAGAGAUCAAACGGGCCUACAAGAAGCUGGUCAGAGAAUGGCACCCAGAUAAGAACAAGGACCCUAAAGCUGAAGACAUGUUCAUCAAGAUUUCCAAAUCCUAUGAGAUUCUGUCCAAUGAAGAGCGGAGGGCUAACUUUGACCGGUACGGGCAGAUGGAUGAAAACCAGCCCUUCGGCCAGCCGCAGCAUCAGGGUUUCCAUGGUUUCCACAGGAGUUUCUACUUUGAUGAGUCCUUCUUCCAUUUCCCCAGGUCCAGGGAUUUUGCAGAUAGCAAGUACAUGCUUCACCACGCGCAGUUUAACAGUGAAAUCCUGCCCGACAGCUACAAGAGGCCGUACUUAAUUAAAGUGACGUCCGACUGGUGCUUCGCUUGCAUUCACAUUGAGCCGGUUUGGAAAGAGACCGUACUGGAGCUGGAACCUCUGGGUGUGGGCAUUGGCGUUGUGGACCUGGGCUACGAGCGCCGCCUGGCUAACCAGCUGGGAGCUUAUCGCACUCCCUCCAUCAUCGGGCUGGUGAACGGCAGAGUCACCUUCUUCCACCAGGCCGUGAUACAAGAGCACCUGCGACAGUUUGUGGAAGACUUGGUGCCUCAGAGACUGGUGGAAAAGGUCAACGAUGACAACUACCGAGCUUUUCUUGAAAGUUGGCACUCGGAGAACAAGCCUGGUCUUCUCUUAUUUGACAGAGUCUCUGUUGUUCCACUUCUUUACAAGUUAACAGCGUUCUCCUUCAGAGAGUAUGUGCGGUUUGGAUACGUGGAUCAGGGCGACACUCACAUCGCUCAGCUGCUGCAGCAGUUCAACAUCAACACCUUCGCUCCCAGCAUGCUGCUCUUCAAGGAGGACACGGAGAAGCCUGCUGACAUCAUCCAGGCCAGAGGGAUGAAGCGACAGAUCAUGAACGAGUUCGUCUCCAACAAUAAGUUCCUGCAGGUCCCGCGGCUGGUCAGCCAGCAGCUUUUUGAUGAGCUCUGUCCCGUCAAGCAAUUCCACCGGAGGAGGAAGUAUUGUGUUCUGCUCAUCACUGGGGAGGAUGACGCUUUCCUUCCAGGCAAUAAGGCCUUUCUGGACUUUGCUUCGGCCUACAAAAAAGAUGUCCUGCGGUUUGCUUAUGUUUAUCAGCGAAAGCAGCAGCCUCUUUGUCAGGCUCUCCUGCAGAACCAGGCCGCCGUCUCACCUCAGGUGGUGAUUCUGGAGCGGCGGAGCCAGGCCGGCAGGGUCCUCUACCGCUCCGUGAGCGGGGGCUGGAACGGCAGCGAGGAGGACAAACACUGCCUCCACGAACAGCUGGAGCUUCUUCAGAGAGACCCCACCUACCUGACCACAGACGCCACCUUACCUGAGCUCAACAACGAGAUGGCUCCUAUUUUCAUUGUUCAGUGGCUGAAUGCCGCUUUUGACUACAUUCUUCAAAUAUACGAUGGUCUUCUCUACUCGAACUGGCGAGAGAUGAUGCCCAUUCUGUCCUUGAUCUUCUCAGCGCUCUUCAUUCUAUUCGGCACAGUUAUCAUUCAGGCUUUCAGUGAGCCGGGUGAGAGCAAGCCACAAAGCUCAAAGCAGAAAGAGUCUCCCACCACCCAAAAUGAGGAAAAUCCUUCCAGCAGAGCAGGGACCUCAAGCCGCCCCCCUAAGAAAGACUUUGUGGAGGUGACGGAGCUCACAGACAUAACCUACACCAGUAACCUGGUCAAACUGAAGCCUGGUCACAUCAACGUUGUGCUGGUGCUCACCAACGCCUCAAAGAACGCUUUGCUCAGGAAAUUUGCCAAAGAGGUUUUCUCCUUUUCGGGCUCUCAGACUCUUCACUUCUCCUUCCUGAACGCCGAUAAGCACCACCACUGGAUGCCGUCGCUGCUUCGCUCGGCUUGUUUUAACGAACAGAGCGAGAGCCACUCGGACGACGAGGAGUCUCCAGACUUUGCCGGCUACGUCCUGGCCCUCAACGGUUACAAGAAGUACUUUUGCCUCUUCAGACCCGUCUUUACGGGGGACGACCACAGCGGCUCGUCCUCCGAGACCUCGUUUUCCUCGGACAGCCGCAGACUGUCCCGGUCCAGGUCCAGGUCUAGCUCUCACUCUCGGUCCCGGUCCCAUUCCAGGGAGGACGGGGCCAAGAGAGGCUCCAGCAGGGCCACCAGCAUCGAGGUCCACCACAAGCUGGACCGGCUGGGACUCUGGAUGGAGAGACUGAUGGAGGGAACCUUACCCAGAAUACCGGUCCCUGUGUGGCCCACAUUAGAGGAUGCAGCUAACGCCUCAGCAAGCUGAGGAUGAAGGGAGAAAAGUUUCACCUCACGGUUUUUACCUCCUGAAAGGAAAAAAAAAA